UCAAUUACAGAAACGCCCAUCUGCAAUGACAGAUUGUCCUUUUCUGUAUUUCAUCACCCACCCCUCUCUCUCUCUCCCUGAAAAAGUUUCAGUCAGCUGAAGUCCCCACAGACACCUUCCGACCAAUCAUUCACGAACACCUUCAAUCUAUUACACAUAUUUAUGGCUGAAAAUCCCUGCAUCUAAACAAAACACAAAAGUACAACUAAAACUUCAAAACACACACACACUCAGUAACUAUCUUUACCUCUCAUCAUCAUCAUCAUUCCUCCUGAUUGUUAGUACUAAAAAUACUGAAGAAACCAACAAAGUUUCACCCAAACCCCCUCUUUGGAAAUUCAACUGUUUUCCGCCAUCAUCACCUGCGCUCGAUUCAAUCAUCUCUGCCACGCCUUUAUUUUUUGUUUUCUUCUCUUUACUAAUUGCAGUAAAGUAAAAUAAAUUCCUCCGCAAGAUCUGCUCCUUUUUCCCCCAAUAAACAGUUUUCUCGAAUUUGUUUCUCUUCCUUGGAUUUAGGAAAGAUUGCGCCCGCGCCCCUUUUUCUCAGAUUCCUCACCAUGUGUCAAAAAGCCAUCAGAUUCCAAUCAAAUGCUCACUAAAACCUCUCUCUAUAUCUCUCUAGCUGCUCUCCCUCCCCUUUGAUGAGAAUCGGAGAUGAACAGAGAAAUCGCGUCGUAUCUCAGCAGCACCACCUCGUCCAACUGGCUGUUCGAAGACGGCAGCGCCGUCGCGAAAUGGACGGUGGAGGAGAACAAGCGCUUCGAGAACGCCCUCGCAUUGUUCGACAAGGACACCCCCGACCGCUGGCACAAUGUCGCCUCCAUGAUCCCGGGAAAAUCCGUCACCGACGUCAUCAAACAAUACCGUGAAUUGGUCGAUGACGUCAGCGACAUCGAGGCCGGCCUCAUCCCCGUCCCCGGCUACUCCGCCAACUCCUUCACGCUCGAAUGGAUGGCCGCCGAUCGCACCUUCCACGGAUUCAACCACCUCUACAGCCCCGCCGCCGCUAAACGGAACCCCUCCUCCGCUCGUUGCAACGACCACGAGCGGAAGAAAGGGGUCCCGUGGACCGAAGAAGAGCACAGGCAGUUUCUGUUGGGACUGAAGAAGUACGGAAAGGGGGAUUGGAGAAACAUCUCGCGCAAUUUCGUGACGAGCAGGACUCCAACGCAGGUGGCGAGCCACGCGCAGAAAUACUUCAUCAGGCAGCUGUCGGGGGGCAAGGAUAAGAGGAGGUCGAGCAUACACGACAUCACCACCGUGAAUCUGGAAGAAGCGAAAUCGCCGUCGCCGGAAAAGGAGGGCCCUGAUUCGCCGCAGAAGUCGAGCUUGAUCUUGCAGCAGCAGCGGUGUGUGGAUGGGGAGGUGGUCGUCCGAGGCAGGUAUGAUUCGGAGCUGAGUAAUGAGGGAUGUGUAAUGGGGUUUGGGCCUUCAAACGCCGCCUUGAUCAGCCAUCUUCAGGGGACAUCUUCUUCGCCGUCGAUUGGGCUUAAUCUGCACCACCAUUUUCAUCAGCUGCAGAGCAUUGAUCAUCACGGCCUCCGAUUAGGACACCAUCAUGGUACGGUGUUUCAGAUGAAUCCCACGUCCCGACAUCGUUGAGUUCGAUCAUUAGGAUUUUCAGAAUUAAGUCAUGUAAAAAAUUCAUCAGUCGGAGGAGAUUCUUGAUUUCUUUUUCUUUUUUCUUUUUUUCCGAUGACAUUAAGGUGAUGAAGCUACUAAUGUACAAUUUUCUCCUUUUCCAUGAAAAAGGGUUGAUGAGGAGCAGCACCUCAUCCAAUAAAAACUACUAUCAAUGGGGUUUAUUUAGACAAA